CUGUUAUUAGAGAGACGUGCAGAUGUCGUGUUCGUUUUCGUCAAUGUACCGUUCGUGCUGCUCUCAGGAUGCUGUACACACACACUGUAGCCGCUCUGCUAGUCUUAUCCUGCGUCCUGAAGGAGACUGAGACCUGGGGAUACAAGAAUGGAAUUCUACACAACUCCAUCUGGCUUGAACAGGCAGCUGGAGUUUACCACCGGGAAUCUCGCAAAGGGAGAUACCAGCUGACAUAUAAGGAGGCCAAAGCUGUGUGCAAGUUUGAAGGGGGUUCAUUAGCCACUUAUGAUCAGCUUGAAGCUGCCAGGCAAAUAGGCUUUCAUGUGUGUGCGGCUGGAUGGUUUGGUAAAGGCCGUGUGGGGUAUCCCAUUGUGAAACCUGGAGCUAACUGCGGAUAUGGAAAGAUCGGAAUUAUCGAUUAUGGUUAUCGGAUAAACAAAAGUGAGAAGUGGGAUGUCUACUGCUACAACCCUAAUUCAAAAGAGUGUGGAGGUGUGCAUACGGACCAGGAGAAGAUUUUUCAGUCACCAGGCUUUCCAGAUGAGUAUCCUGAUGACCAAAUCUGCUACUGGCAUAUUCGUGUGCGCUACGGCCAGAGGAUUCGCCUGCAGUUUCUUGAAUUUGAUGUUGAGGAUGAAGUAGGCUGCAUCAGUGAUUAUCUGGAGAUCUAUGACAGUUAUGAUGAUGUCUUAGGUUUUGCUGGAAGGUACUGUGGGGAUGAACUACCUGAAGACUUUCUUAGCACAGGUAACGUUAUGACGAUAAAGUUCCUUACCGAUUCAUCUGUGUCUGCUGGAGGUUUCAGGCUACAGUACACUGCUAUUGAUUCUUCUCCGCCCUCUGACAAUGAUACAAGCACUUACACUUGACCACUUCUUAAACAGAAGUUCGUUUUUAUCAUUGAAUUGUUUAGGUUCCAUGUUUACACAGUUGUAAUCCAUCAUUUAAGCGAAUGUUAAACUCAUUUUGUACUUCAUUUUACUUUUGUCUGUUAUAUCUUUAUGCAUUUUGUAAAAAGUAAAAUAACAGGUGAUCUGAAUAAAAUUAUUGCAAGCAUGUAACAAAGAAUUAGCCGUUGGCCGAAAAAACACUUUUCUGCACCAUUACUCUUGUUUCUAAACUGAUUCAGAAAUCCUGACACUGGACAAGCUCUUAUGAUGUGUUUAAAAAUACCUUUUAUAUGUUUCUAAACUGGAUUAACCUUAUGCAUUUGAUACGUUUUGUGUUAAAGAGCUUUGUACUGAACUGGACUGCAUUAAAUUGAAAUCUAUGUUUAA